GUAAAUAAGCUUUCACAAAACUAACCUCAAUUUUCGACUUCCCGAUUGAAUAGAAUUCAUUACUUUACGGGACAUUGAGAAUUGAUUUAAAGAGCGAUAUUUAGUCGUAGUAUUUUCACCAACAAAGUUGUUUUAUAAUGCUUAACCUCCAUGUAAUGAGAAAAGCUUUCCAAUAUAUAAUAUUGCUACUAGAUGGAAAGAUUCCUGAUUGAUUAAAUACUUUGUCAAUUUGGAAUUAAAGUUUUUAAUGAUUUUUGCAUCAAUCUGUGGGAAGAUACCUCUGGUGACAACAAAUUUGUGGAAAUUUGCUAUAAAAUGGUGGCAGAUAAAUAGAAAGGAUCAGUGGAAACUGCAGAUUGUAUAGUAACAAGUCUAUACUCAGCUGAAUUCUUCGAUUAUUAAGGCAGAGAACGUGUAAAGAAUAUUGCUUCAAGAUGUUUAUUACACGUUGAAGUGCAAAAACAAGUGAUUCUGAAGCAAAAAAAGAAGAUGUCAAAUUCUGAAAUCAACAAGAGUGACCACAAUUAUAGCGAGUCAGAAUAUUCUCAACAUAUACCUAGUGUCGACAGUGACACUAUCAAUAGCGGAUCUAUGAUGACGAUGCCUAUUGUGGGCCAGAUUAAAGACAUCGAUCAAUUGAAAAAGAUUGCACCACGUGUUCGCUUACAGGACACCAAGCGUUUAAACGAAUUGGCAAAGAUCUCGUCCUUAAGCAAUAACAACGACAAGACACAACAGAGCAAAGCAUCCACUCCCAAGACAACUGCGCAAGAAUUGAAGAAAUACUGCCGCACCUGUGCUGGCUUAAAAGUGCCUCUGGUGGAUAUCUUUGGUGAGAAGGGUAUUCAAAUGCGGUUGAGCCAACAGAUCCGGCAUCUUAAAGUAAUUCAUCCUUAUGAUAAUCUUUCUACACAAAUGUGCAUGGACUGUAUUUGUGAUCUUAAAAUGAGUUACAAAUUCUUCAUGCAAAUAAAAAAAGCCGAGAUGAAAUUAAAGUCGAUGCAGGUCAACUUGACAACUAAAGAUAUGGAAAUAGAACUGAUCAAUGAAUCUUCACCAACAAAACGGGAAGAGCAAUCAUCUUGCUCAGGAAAGGAAAGUGCAACAUCCUACGGAAAUCAGGAAAAUUUCCACUCUUCAGAAGCGAAGCAGGAAUCUCCCAUGAUCCAACAAAAUCGCUCUUUAUCACCAUCAACAAAGCAAGAAAACCAAUUAGACUUAGGAAACCAAAAAGAUGUUCCUAAGAUCUGCGCCAUUUUCUCAUUAAACAAUAAAUCGAAAGUCGAUUCCGAAGAAACAGAAGAUGUACAGACGGGCGGUGGAAUUUUCGAAGAAAUGAUAGAAGGAGAAGAUGAAGAAUCUAUCGAAGAAUUUGAUCCUGAGGAUCCAGCUUUCCAAGAAGAUGAAGAAGAGUCUGAGAAGUCAUCGGCGGCCGUGUAUAAGUACGACAUGAUGGCGAAGUCUUACGUGAGGAUGGAUGAAAGCGAGGCGGUUUCCAUGAAGUCUACAGUCUCUCAGAUAUCAGAAAGUGAGGGAGAAAAAGAUGGAGUGAGACAACCGAAUAUAUUGAAGAGAAGACUACUGAUGCCAUCAAUGGUGACAAAAAGUAGAGGGGAAGAUGAAGUGCAAAGCGGAAUUGAAAGCAGCCCGAAAGACUGUAAAGUGCAAAAGCUAGACUUGAACAAUCCAUUGAAUGUGAAUAGCACUCCAGAAGAGGACGGAAUUAUGUAUGUGACCGUGAAGGGAUCCAAACCGAAUGAGAUUCUGCUAGUAAAGGUUAAAAAGAUGGAAAAAUCUUUGGAAACAAAACGCUCGGUAGCUUCCGCCGAUGUCAAGCCUGUCGAACGUAUUCUCAAACGUUACGAUACGUUGACAUCAAAAGACUACUCAUCUCGACGUUCGGACGCUCGUGAGCAAAUAAUUGAGGAACAAAUCGAAGAAUAUAAAAAGAAACGAGAAAAGAUUUUUGGAGAUAAGUCAGUAUUGAAUUUUACCCCAAAUGACUCACGAAAAGAGACACAGGAAGAAGAAAUUUCUAUCAAGAUAGAUCCUGAAAAAAUAGAAGAAGAACCGAUUAUUUUGCAGGAAGAAAAUGAAGAAAAAGAGGAUGAAAAGAUAGAUAUAGACGAAAUACUGAUCGAAGAUAAGGAAACUGAGAAAAUAAACGACGAUACGGAGGAAGACUUCUCAAAAUUAUCAAGAUUGAAGUUGAAAUUAGUUUCGGAAGAAACAAAGCGAAAGAAGGAAAGUUUACAGAAAGAGUUGGACGAAUCAUAUAAUGAAGGAAAAUUGGAGAAAUUGGUGAGGAUUCUGGGAGAAGAUAAGAAUCUACAGGAAUUUCAGGACUAUUUAAAGCAACGCAAAAUUGUCCUUACCCGCCUCAAAGACGAAGACGUAAUUUCCCUUUAUGAAGAUCAUUUCUCUACCAGCUUGAAAUCAUCUUCUAAACUUCUCCCGGAUUUUAUAGAGACUUCAUUACUUACCGAUCCUUUUGUUGAGGAGCGCUAUUUAGAGUGCGAUUACUGUUUGGAAACCUUUACCAACAGCGAUACUCUCGAAGAACAUUUGAAAUCUCAUGACUAUCGCAUGCUUCACUAUUGCGAGGACUGCGGAGAAGAGUUUCCGACCAAUAAAGGAAAGAAAAGUCACAAUGUUAUUUGCGUGAGAAAAUUAAUUUGCAAAUAUUGCGACAUAAUUUUAGAUUCUAGAAGAAAAAAGCGUCAACACGAACAAAAACAUAUUGAUGCCCUCUACGGUCAACUUUGUGAAGUUUGCGGGGAAAGAUUUAAGCAUCAGGGAACUUUGGACCAGCAUAUAAAAACACAACAUACGACUUUAGAGAAGAUUUAUCAAUGUCCAAAAUGUCCAAAAAAAUUUGCUUUAAAACAAAAGCUGAGUUUUCAUUUAAAAUCGGUUCACACAACUUUAAGAGCGUAUCUUUGCGAGGAUUGCGGCGCAGAUUUUAAGAAUCCUGCAAGUUUGAGGCAUCACAGAAUCAGGAAACACCAACCGGUUGGAAAUAAGAGGGAAUGUCCGGUUUGCAGAAAAUUGGUGCCGUUUUACAGUUUGUCCAAACAUAUGCACACACACAAAGCUUACAGCAUCCAGUGUCCGCACUGCGACAAAAUGUUCAAGAACAGUUCAACUUUGAAGCAACACGUUAGGAUUCACGAGGAUCAAAGACAAUAUCGUUGCGACACUUGCGGCGUUGGGUUUAAUCGCAGAGACGGUUUGCGAUUGCACAUGAGAGUACAUGAGAAAACGGGUAGCAGAGGAUUGAAGGAGUGCUCUUGCCAAGUUUGCGGAGAAAAAUUCCCGAAUCAUUCUACCUUAGUGAUUCAUCGGAACAGAGAGCACAAAGACGGAAGACAGUACACAUGCCACAUUUGUAACAGAUCAAUGAUCUCGACAAGAUCACUUGAAUGGCACAUGUCGCAUAUUCAUAACGAGUCAAUGCCAGGUAUUACUCGCGAUGAAUCCGGUUUGCACGAUAAAAGACGUGUUUCUUGCUACCACUGUAAUAAAACUUUCAAGACGGAAAUGAUCUUGCGCACGCAUAUUAAGAACACGCACAUGGAAAAGGAUCCAAUGAAGUGUACUGAUUGCGAUUCAUCUUUUACGUCUGAAGUACGUUUACGCCAUCACAUGAUGAUCACACACAACCGUCUCGAGGGCACCUUAGAGUGUCCUCGCUGUCCGAAACGAUUCGUGAAUCAGUUGAGGCUGAAAACUCACAUGAUUUCUCAUUCUGAGGAAAGACCAUAUACUUGUGAGAUAUGUGGCUUUAAUUUAAAGACAAAGAUACAAUUAAUCAAGCACCAUCAAAAUAGACACAGCAACGAGAGACCCUUGCAGUGCAGGUAUUGUCCUUGGCGAUGCAAGCAAGUGAGUGCUCUUGUCUGCCACGAGCGUACGCACACUAACGAACGUCCAUACACGUGCAGCGUAUGCGAACAGCGUUUUAAGUAUCUUGGUGACAAAAAUAAGCAUGAGCGGCGCCACGAAAGCCUUGGUGGUUCAGGCUUCAAACGCAUAGUACAUGAAAGAAAUAUUAAACCGAAAGUACGUACCGAAGAGUCCUCUGGAUCAGAACAAGAGGAAUCGGUUAAGGAUAUAAAUCAGCACGACAUCCACCAGGAGGUUGCUGAAGAUCAAGAAGAUCAGGAGCAGAUAGUGAAGUUUGAAAGCCAGGAAGAAUAUGAACAAGUGUACGAGCAGGAAUACGAAGAAACUUCGAGAGAAGCAUCUGAAGCUACAGAGGUGAUCAUGAAUAUGGAGGAUUCCAAUGUAUACACAGAAGAAGUAACGGCCGACAACAUAGAAUCUGGCACGGAGAUCAUCGCAAACGAGAUCAUAACGAAUGACAUUCUGCAAUCUGGUGCCGCUGUGAUGCAUCUGCAGCGACAGGACAAUUCCGGGAAGAUUCAAGUGAUACCAGUAAUGUUGUCGUUACCCGAUCUGUCCGACGCAAAUGCUGAGGUUAACCUUGCAACCGCAUCCAUCAUGUACAAUAAUUAGGUUUGAUUAUUUUAUACUGUAGAAUUUACAGAGGUAAGAUUAAUUAAAUAGAACAUUAUGAUCAAAGAGGAUAAAGCAAAAUGUGAAGGACGAAGUAAUGAAGCUGACUACGCUAUUUUGAUAUCUGCAUAUGUAUUGAAUAAAAUAUAUAUAGUUGAAGUAAUUAAAAUAACACUAAGUAUAGUACCCAAUGACCUAUAUACCGUAACGGAUUCUCAAAAUUUGAGCCAAAAUAAUAUAGCGAGAAAAUUUUUCAACAAUUAACUCGUUGCAUAUGGCUCAUGAAAUAUCUCGUGUUUACUGAAAUGACUAUUGAGGCUGGGUCACAAGACUCAAAUUUUCUCAUAUUUGCAUUUUAUUAUAAUCGGUAUUAUUGGUUCGAAAAAAAGAUAAAUCAGUCAGUUUUAUUGCGUUGAUCGUACUACUGUCUAAGCUAUUUUGUUAUCUGAAAGCCAGCAUCCUACAUUUUUGAAGGAAUAAUUUUUGUUAGUUUAUAGCUCUUAAUUUUUAAAAAAUAGAAAAAUGUCUCAUACAAAAAAUGGAAGUGAAGGACUAUUAUUUGACGAUUUAUCGGAUAUGCCGAGCAAUAUUUUCAAUAAAAAUGAACUUAAUGACAUUCCUGAUGUCAGAGAUGUUAUUAAACGAAGAAAAAUAAAAUGAAUAAGAAAUACAAUAUUUCAAGUGAUAGUGAAGAUUGGAAGACAGAAUUCAUAGAUUGAAGCAUCUAUAACUGAAGUAUGGACAGAGAAGGAUACUUUUCCCAAUUUAAAACUAUUUAAAGGAAAUGCUGGUACAUUUCCAUUAUUAAAAAAUAUUGUAAUAUCCAAGAAGCAGUUAAUUAUAUGUAUUUGGAAAUGAGUUUUUCUCGAGAAACUAUGUGAGGAGAGACAAAUAUUUAUUAUUCACAAAAUGUUAUAAACAUAAAUCUGACUUAAAACAGAGAAAA